CCUUGGAUGGGAGAUUAUGCCUGGGAAACUGCAAUUGUAGCUGGCCAUGGGGUCGCUGGGUAUAAAAAAUCCGGCAAAACCCAAAAACCAAAGUUUCCGCAGGUUUUGCAAUACGUUGAUCUUCGAGUACAGAGCGAUUAUCGCUGCUCUAUUCAGUGGGCUCGUUAUGGAGAAUUUAAUCCUGAAUAUCAGAUCUGCGCCAAGCGAGGUUACCAUGGGCCUUGUGGGGGUGAUUCUGGUGGACCGCUCAUGCAUCGCUCUCCGUCAACGUACAAGAUGUACGUUAUUGGAAUAACGUCUUACGUGAAAGGGCGCAGCUCGACAAAGUGUCUAACUAAAUACGGUGGUGUUUUUGUUCGUGUGUCGGCAUACUAUGGAUGGAUAUUAAAAGGCCUGGAGAAAAGUGAAGGCUGGGUGACCACAAGAUGUGAAGACCAUCAACAUGAGCAUGAUUCUUGUGAACUUUAUUAUAAGAUAUUAAAAUUGCUUGAAAUGUAUUAAGAAGUAUGGUCCUUAUUAUAAAUCAAAAUUCAUAGAUUAAUUUUAUUCGUCCACUUAACGCAUGCGUUUUCUUCC